UUCAGAUUUUGUGCGUGCUUGUCAUGACUAAACUUCAGCAGCUAGAAGACGUACCAGCCGUUCAAAAAUUCAUCACUGACAAAGACCUUUGCUGUCUGCACAUUUUCGCAGAAUGGGCUCCAGAAUGCGCAGAACUAACGAAUGUUCUAGAACUUUUAACGACCGAAUUUAUUGAUGUCAGUUUUGCAUCCGCGAAUGCGGAAAACAUUGAAACUUUUUGCGUGUCUAAAAAUGUCAGUUCUGUGCCAACUGUUUUGUUUUACAAAUUUGGAGACCUUUUUGGCCGGGUGGAAGGAUUUAAUGUUCCAGAUGUGAAAGAUCAGUGUAAGAGGCUCUCAAACUUCGCUGGCUUGAGGCCGAUCAAACCUGUCGGUGAUUCUGUGAAUGGUAACGCGUGUGGGGAUAAAACAGGCGGAAUAUCCACUGAGGAAGCUUUUAAUGACUAUUUGGGAAAACUUGUCAACAGAGCGCCAAUGAUGGUGUUUAUGAAAGGUUCUCCUUCUGAACCCAAGUGUGGCUUCAGUCGACAAACAAUAGAACUGCUCUCCAAUUACAAGAAUGUCAAGUUCGAUCACUAUGACAUCCUGCAGAAUGAGAAGGUGCGACAGGGUCUGAAGAUUUAUUCCAACUGGCAGACAUACCCACAAGUGUAUGUUAAUGGAGAGCUGAUUGGAGGUAUCGAUAUUUUGAAGGAGCUGCAUGAAUCGGGCGAGCUUGCUGACUCUCUUCCCAAAUCAGAAUCCACCGAGGACCGAAUCAAAAAACUGUUAGCUGACAACCAAAUUCUUCUAUUCAUGAAAGGAAAUACACAGGAGCCCAGAUGUAAAUUUAGUCGAGCUCUGAUGGAAAUUUUUAAAGAGCUUCCAUCUGAAAUAAAAUACAACAGCUUCGAUAUUUUACAAGAUGAAGAUAUAAGACAGGGGCUGAAAGAGUUCUCAAACUGGCCAACUUAUCCUCAGCUGUACGUCAAAGGCGAACUAAUCGGAGGACUUGAUAUUAUUAAAGAAAUGCACGCUAGUGGCGAGCUGGUUUCAGCCAUGACUUUAAGCUGAAGUUCAAUUUCCGUCUCGAAAAAUAUUUAUUAGACCUGAAAUUAUGGAGAAAUAUUGACAGUUAAUGAACUGUCGCUACUCGUAAAAUUGCUUUACUCGUGAAGAAUAACGAAACUUGAAGUUUAAAUGGAGUUCUUUGUACUGAUUAUGUAAUCUGAUU